CAUAAGCGAUUACAGCCGAGUGUCUCUUUACGCGCGAGGGACAGAAACACAUCAGUCUGUGAUCUUGUUAAGUGCUGCUACUGUUAUUACGACAUAAUACACAUUAAAUUAUUUCGUUAUGGAGACUGCCAACCAGAUUGUGCCUGGGGGAUCUUUCGAAGUGCUCAAACUGCCACUUGGAUUUAUACGCGUUUUGGAAUGGCUUUUUGCCAUCUUUGCCUUCGCAACAUGCGGCGGCUACUCUGGUCAGCUGCGGGUUAGCGUUGACUGCAUCAAUAAGGCGGACAGCAACCUCAGCAUUGGCAUCAACUUUGGUUACCCUUUCAGAUUGCACCAGGUGUCUUUCGAGGCCCCUGUGUGUGAGGGGCGAGCGCAGGAGAGGCUGUACCUUGUGGGGGACUUCUCUUCCUCUGCCCAGUUCUUCGUCACCAUUGCAGUGUUUUCCUUCCUCUACUCUCUGUUGGCCACGGUCGUUUACAUCUUCUAUCAAAACAAGUACAGAGAGAACAACAGGGGACCUCUCGUUGACUUCAUUGUGACCGUGGUGUUCUCCUUCAUGUGGCUGGUCAGCUCCUCAGCUUGGGCUAAAGGUCUCUCGGACGUCAAGGUGGCCACGGACCCGGAUGAGGUGGUCCUGCUGAUGUCCGCCUGUAAAGUCCAGGGCAACAAGUGUGGCUCUAUUUACGGCCCCAUCUGGUCUGGUCUCAACACGUCUGUGGUCUUUGGUUACUUGAACUUUGUGCUGUGGGCAGGCAACAUCUGGUUCGUCUUCAAAGAGACUGGCUGGCACAAGGGUGGCCCACGGGGGUAUCCAGGGGGUACCUUGGAAAAACAGUCCACUGGCUUCAACCAGCCGGCCUACAACCAGCCUCCCUACAACCAGCCGCCCUACAACCAGCCUCCCUACAACCAGCCACCCUACAACCAGCCUCCCUACAGCACAGGCGACGGCUUCAGCCAACCACUUGGCUACAACCAACCAGUGGGCUUCAGCAGCCAAGGUGACCUGGGCCAGCCGUCAGACUACAGCCAGGUGGGAGGGCCCACCUCAUACUCCAACCAGAUGUGAGUGAACAGCCCGCAGGUCUGUGUCACUUCCAAGGGCAUGUCUCAUUAAGGAAUUUAAUUAUGUCACUAAUGAUUCAGCAUUUUCAGAAGCCAAUUCAUCAGAAAUCCUCAGAGUCAAAGCCAGUGCCACGUGAAGGCGCUAAUAAAGCAGGUUCGUUUAUGUUGACACUAACAGCCAUUGGGGUUUGUUGUUUUUAUUUGGUUCAUUCCUUACACGCUGAUUAAAAGCAGAAAUAGUAUAUUUUUCAGACAACAGGGGUUGAACAUGUCCAAGGUCUCAUAUUUCUUAGAUAUUGCAAAAAGCUCAUGAAGAUGGCAUGAUGUAGUUUACAUUAUACCUUAUUAUACCUUAUGCUGUUUACUGAAGUGGUGUAAAAAAUGGCCCCAUGCUAUGUAAGCAAAAUGGUCACACUUGCUAAAAUAUACAAUGUAAGUAUAUCUGAGUUUUGUUUAGUUUUGUCCAUAAAUAGACUAUAGAUGAGUGCUCUGUUCUUUUUUCUUUGCCUGUGUUUUGUCACUGACCUUUUGUGAAGGACAGAUGGGUUUGCACUGUUGUGGGGGGAACAAACUGUGGUCCACAUUUGUAUACAUUUUUAAUCUUAAUAAUUCUGACAAAGUGCAUGAUGUUAUGCUGUUGAUGUUACUAAUAUGCCUGUUGUUUUGCAGAUGAUAUCAAAUAAAUUCUAUUAAGUGAUCUCUAUUUGAAAACGAAGCACUUAUAUAUAUAUAUAUAUAAUAUUAUUUAUUAUAUAAAUUAUAUAACAUAGAUAGAUUCUGAAUAUUUUAUAUAUUUUCCUAUGACAGCCAAAUUAAUGUCACUUUAUAUUAGAAACAUUUAUGUCACAUACUCUAAAAAAACCUUUGAUCUUUCACUCUCUAAAGACUCAAUACUCUCUAAAUACGUUAAGUUGUAUCACUUGGUUGAGAUAUCAUCACCACGGCACCAAGGUUUUCAUACAGUCCUUUGUUUACAGUGUUUGAGUCUGAUUAAGGCUUCGUGUUUCUUUCUCUGAAGCAUUGCCACUGCACGUUAAAAUGCUCAAAUCUUGCAGAUAGAGAGAGUGAGAGAUUUACUGUCAGUAAGCCAGGAAAAGUUUAAAAUGGGUUAAAAUGGAUAAAAUCGAUUACGUUCACUUGCUUUGUGUCCUACUCAGGACUAAAUACAUCUCUGGAAUUCCUUAUCACAUGAGAGAAAAUAAAUGCAAAACAAGAAAUGCAUGUCUCAGAUUUUUCAAAAUAUAUUAAAAAAUUCUAAGAUAUAUAUACUGAAACGUAUGACACUGUUGUUGUUCUACUGUCUGUGUGUUAAUAUAAUGUGAACAAGUCAGAGUCCAUGUUUGUGUAUUUGGUGGCCAUGGCUAUUUAGCGUGAAUGACAUUGUAUAUGCAUUCCAAGUGAUAACA